UCCCCCGUGGCCGCCCGGCAGCAUGGCGGCGGCGGUGGAGACCCGCAGAGUCUGCGAGACCGCCGGCUGCAGCAGCGAGGCCAAGCUCCAGUGCCCCACCUGCCUCAAGCUGGGCAUCCAGGGCUCCUACUUCUGCUCCCAGGAAUGCUUUAAGGGAAGCUGGGCCACUCACAAGUUAUUACACAAGAAAGCAAAAGAUGAAAAAGCCAAGCGUGAAGUGUCCUCUUGGACCCUGGAAGGUGACGUUAACACAAAUCCCUGGUCUGGUUAUCGAUAUACUGGUAAACUCAGGCCACACUAUCCAUUGACACCAACGAGACCUGUGCCAAGUUAUAUUCAGAGACCGGACUAUGCUGAUCACCCACUAGGAAUGUCUGAAUCAGAACAGGCUUUAAAAGGAACCUCUCAAAUAAAAAUACUGUCGUCUGAGGAUAUAGAAGGGAUGCGAGUAGUGUGUAGGCUUGCUAGAGAAGUAUUGGAUGUUGCUGCCAUGAUGGUGAAACCAGGAGUAACUACUGAAGAAAUUGAUCAUGCUGUCCAUUUAGCUUGUAUUGCAAGGAAUUGCUAUCCUUCCCCUCUGAAUUACUAUAAUUUCCCCAAGUCGUGUUGUACGUCAGUGAAUGAAGUGAUCUGUCAUGGAAUUCCUGACAGGAGGCCAUUGCAGGAGGGAGAUAUUGUUAAUGUGGAUAUUACUGUCUAUCGCAAUGGCUACCAUGGAGAUCUGAACGAGACGUUUUACGUUGGAGAAGUUGAUGAGGGUGCAAGGAGACUUGUCCAGACGACUUACGAGUGCCUAAUGCAAGCCAUCGAUGCAGUAAAACCUGGUGUUCGGUACAGAGAACUGGGAAACAUCAUCCAGAAACACGCUCAGGCAAAUGGAUUUUCAGUGGUUCGGAGCUACUGUGGGCAUGGAAUCCAUAAACUUUUCCAUACGGCCCCUAACGUGCCACAUUAUGCCAAAAAUAAGGCAGUUGGAGUCAUGAAGCCAGGUCAUGUAUUUACAAUUGAACCAAUGAUCUGUGAAGGUGGUUGGCAAGAUGAGACAUGGCCUGAUGGUUGGACUGCGGUGACGAGAGAUGGAAAGCGGUCAGCCCAGUUUGAACACACGCUCCUGGUCACCGACACAGGCUGCGAGAUCCUGACCCGGCGGCUGGAUAGCAUUCGUCCCCAUUUCAUGUCCCAGUGAGAGUCCAGGCUGAGCAGGGAGAUCGGAGCGAUACAUACCUAUAUUUUUUGUCUCUGUACUAUGCAUUUUUUAAAGAGUACAGAAUAGAAAGAUCUUAUCCUUUACUUUGUUCUCAGUGAUUGUAGAUUAAGAGGAAUAUCUUGAAGAACCUGACUCAAUGUCUGGAAAAGCAGAGAAGAAUUUAAAGAAUUUCCUGCUUUCCUACUACCUACAACACUCACACUAUAUUUUUCUUUUUUCUUCAAUUAUCUCUUUAGCACCUUCCUUCCAAUUAGACCCACAAUUGCUUCUGUUGCUGCCAUGAUAUUAGCUAGAAAAGCGUGGGUAACUUUUCCCACCGGGACUUGAUAUUUUGGGAUCCAGGUUUUUUUCACCACUUCAGUGUGCCCUGUUGCUCUUGGCAUAUGAGUGGCACCUGAGAUUUUAAGCAUUUCUAGUUCCAAAGACUUGCUUCUGCAGAUACUGUUCUAAUGGGCUGGGCCUUGUUUGUUUAUCAGUUGAGAAGGAGGCAGAAGGGAGAAAGACAAACACAUCUGAGAGCAGGCAGCCUUACUUCUGUCCCCAUCUCUCUGCUGAUGGCUUCUGUGGUGAUUCCAACUGUAGGUGACAUGCUGUGUUAAUGGCAGGACUUGUUUCUCUUGCUGGAGAUUUGAUAGUAUGGGCUUCCUAUAGAGAAAAUUAAUAAAUCCUGUUCUAUAUGCAGCUCCCUGGAAUAAGCUGCUUCUUGGCGAAGCAGUACUUGCAGGCAGCCUCCCGCUCCAAAAGCUUGGCGAAGCUGCUGUAUCAGACUUGCCUAGGUAAAGGAAUGAAACAAGAACCAAAAAGGUCCCAUGAUUCAUGGGAUCCCUUAUGUGUGUUAACUGUGGGGCGUUUCUUAAAGGUACAUCCACAGUAGCUGUGGGGGAGUGGAUUUGCAAGACUUUAGGUGAAAUGAGUAUAUAUCUCAAAACCGGUCUGAGUGUGUGAAAAUGAAACAUGUUCAAUGCUGUAUUUGUUUUCUUUUGGUAAUUUUUAAACGGGUCAUUUUUUUUUCACCCCUCGGUUGAGUGAGUUUCAUGCUUUUGGAAAGUCUUAGGGGGGCAGCUAUGAAAACUGAUCUUUUCUUCCUCGGACUGGCUAUAGAGUGGGCGGUGUUAGUAUAUAUACCCCUUUAUUUUCUGUUAAUGGGUCAUGAGGAGCUGGAACCUGUUAUGUUAAGGAGAGUGGAUUGAUUAGACCUCUCUUCUCUCUAUCCUUUUUUUUUUUCCAUGCUCACUUCCCUUCUGUAAUCUUUAGUUUCUCUGCUGAGGGGAUUUAUUUUUUCUUUUGAAUUGUAAUGAAAAAUUUUUCAGACCCCACUGCAGACUUAGUCUUACACCACUGUAAUGCAAGAAAUAAACCAAUGCAGACAUUAAAUCCUACAAUCAUGGGCACAAAAUACACCUUUCACAAGGUGUACUGUGGAUUUGUUGCCACGGACCCAAGAACGUGAAGUACUGCAUACCCUUGGCUCCCCUUGGCACUGCAGAAUUUAGGUGGGGAAAAGGGGUCAAUUAGUGCUUCACAGAACUGGACUCUUGUACUCCCAAAUUUGCCAGAAAAUGUCUUCUCUGCCCUGAGUGCCUCAGACCUCUGUUGCUGUAAGAGUAUUAUUGCGAUGUUUUCAUUACCUUUAUUAUUAUUUUUAAUUAUGCAGUAAAAGUGACCUGAAAUGAUGCAUAUAGAGGGUGUGUGCGUGCAUAUGUGUGUGUGCGUGUGUGUGUAUAGAUUUUUAACAAAACAGACUGUAGUACUUGAGUGGAUUUACCUGUGUUGAAUGAGAUGUACUGGGGAGAUGACUGUCCUGGAGGUUUGCCCA